CACCACUAAGACUACUCAAGCUCAUCUUAACCAUCAGCAACCAUGAAGCCAUGCAUUGCAAUCUCAGCUCUCUUGUUUCUCUCACUGCUGAUUUUUCAUAACUCAGAGGCUGCUAUCGACUGCAAUACUGUUUUGAAGGACGUAGCUCCUUGUAUCAGCUACCUGAAGAGUGGAAAUGGGAGCCCUUCCACUGCUUGCUGCAGUGGGGUUUCGACCUUGGCCUCGGCUGCAUCAACAACUGCUGAUCGAAGGGCUGCUUGUAGCUGCCUCAAGUCAGCUGUGUCGAAGAUCAACCCUAACAUUGCAGCAGCGAAGGGACUGCCGGGGAGUUGUGGCGUUAGUUUGCCUUACGCAGUCGUUCCCAGUUUGGAUUGUUCCACAAUUAGUUAAAAUGAGUCCCUGGCUUUAGGGAUGUGGAGGAGAUAUUACUUGUGCUUAAGUGACUUAAUGUUGCCGCAGCUGAGAUGUGUGUUUGUAUUACUGUACUUGUAAUAAGAUAACCAAAGCGCUUAUUAUGCGCUCUGUUGUAUGAAUCUAUAUAUGAUGAACGGUUUGCUUGUGA